AUUCCACAACGACUUCAUAGUUGUUCCACGAUUGUUGCAAGCAGUGCUUGGAACAUUGCGAAAAUAAGUACAUAUAAUUACUCAAAUCUUCAUUGCGAUCUUUCGACGCAGAAUAAAACAAUAGUGCCGAGGGUGUGAUUUUCCUGUUUACCGUGUGAACCCAAAGGUCCCAACUUAACGGAGGGAGUGAGUCACUGAAUUUCGGAUUUUGUAAUCAAUUCAGGAACCCAAGAUGUAUUCGUCAUCAAUUAUGAUUCCAGUCGCUCUUCUUUUCGUCGUAAAUGUGGCUUUAGUCCAAUCUAAGGCUCAGCAUGGAGUUGACCCGUGCAUUCCUAGCCCAUGUGGUCCAAACACACAAUGUUCCGUGAACGGUGCGGGGGCUGCAAUUUGCAGAUGUAUCUCAGGAACGUAUCCAAAACCAGAUACCAUCACGGGCUGUGGUCCACAAUGCGUGUACGACCACGAGUGUCCAUCUCAUCAAAAAUGUCACCAGGGAAAGUGUGUCCCAUCUUGUAAUCCAAGUCCUUGUGGUAUCAAUGCUGAGUGCGAAGCCGUAGGAAACAAGGCAGUUUGCAAAUGUCCUCGUGGAUUUGCUGGAGAUCCGUUGUUCCAAUGCCAACAGCAAGCUCCCAUCUCGAGGGCCAUCAUUUCUCAACCACCUCCACAGGCUAUCCGAGCACAUGACCCUUGCAACCCGUCUCCUUGUGGAACAAACGCUGAAUGUCGCUCUUCCGGUGGGGAUAUUGGCAGAGCCAUUUGCACUUGCCCCAGAGGUCACUUUGGAAAUCCGCAAACGUUCUGCCGUCGUGGAGAGUGCUCAUCAAAUGACGAGUGUCCGUCUUUCCAAGUUUGUGAGGAUUACAAUUGCGUCAACCCGUGUUCCAAGGCUUGUGGAACGAAUGCUCAAUGCGACGUACGAAAUCACAUUGCUACUUGUUCCUGCCCUGCUGGAUGGACCGGAGAGCCAACGACCCACUGUCGAAGAUACAACCCAAAUGAGUUGUGCGAACCAAGCCCAUGCGGAAGGAACACAAACUGUCGGGUCGAGAACAAUCGAGCUAUUUGCAGCUGCAAAGCAACCUUUAUUGGGGAUCCAAUUUCUGGAUGUCGCCACGAAUGUGAUAGCGAUUACGAUUGCGGUAGUGGCCAAGCUUGCAAGGACUUCAAGUGCAAAAAUCCAUGCGUCAACGCUUGUGGAACUUAUGCCAGUUGUGAGGUUAACAACCAUCGAGCUGUUUGCACAUGCCCGAAAGACUAUCUCGGAGACCCGUACACUCGAUGCUUCCCAGAAUGUACAUCUCAUGCGGAUUGUCCUGCGAACCGAGCUUGUAUUGGAUUAAGAUGUGGUGACCCCUGCGAAAAUGCUUGUGGAGUGAACGCGGAGUGCAGAGUGGACAAAAAUAAUCAUAAAGCUAUUUGCAGUUGCCCCAAGGGAUGGACUGGUCACCCAUUCCAACAAUGUCGUCGACAGACUCCAGAGGAUCUCUGUCAUCCAAAUCCUUGUGGAACAAACGCUAUCUGCACUCCUGGUCAUGACAAUACUGGAAGCGAUCGUCCCGUGUGUACCUGCCCAUCAGGAUAUUUCGGAAACGCUUUGAUGAACUGUCGACGUGGAGAGUGUGCUUCUGACUCCGAAUGCUCAAGCAACAGGAUCUGUAGCAACUUCAAUUGUGUCGAUCCAUGUAUUGGAGCAUGUGGAACAAACGCGAAGUGUGAGGCAAGAAAUCACGGAGCUGUGUGUAGUUGUCUAACUGGCUGGCGAGGGGACCCCUUCUUCCAGUGCUCCUUUGAUCCUGUGAGGGCAAAGAGGAAAGUUUCCGACAAUGACGAAGCUGAAGAAAUCGCCAAGCUGGACAAAGAAGUAGAGCUGCCAACCGCGGAAGAAUAACAAAUUAACUAAUUUUUAUAACUUCUUCCAAUUUCUGUUCCCUUUCUCUGAGAGCUUUCUUCCGCUUCUCUUUCCAAAAGGUGUAGGUCUAUUUUUUAUACUUUGUUUCCUAUUCUGGACUCUUUUUAUCUAAGAAUUUUAGUUUUUAGAAGGAAAUCAUAAUGUUAAAUUCUUCAAAUGAUGCUCAUAUUCUUGCCGUAUAUUCUCUCUUUGCUGUACAACUUUCUCCUCUUCUUUCAUUUUGUCCAUUCUCCACCGAACCCAUACUCAAUUCCUAAACUUUCAAAAUCCAUAGAAUUUUGAAUAAAACAUUUUUUACAUGUGUAAUUAAAUGUA